GGGGCGGUGGUUGGAGGGGUGGUGGGGAGUUCGUUUUUGACGGGGUUGUUGGUUGUUAUGUUUAUGAGGGCGAGGAGAAGGGGAGGGGGGAGGGGAGGGAAUGGGGGAGAGAAGGAGGGUGGGGAGGUUGUUUAUGUUGGUCCUGGCAGUAGCGAUGGUUCUGGGCGUGAUACUGUGGGCUCUCGUGGUAGUAGUAAUGGGAGGAGGACCGAAACGAGGGAGAACGUGAAAAGUUACCCCGGCCCAGUCAUAUGGGUAGCUUCUACAGACAACACUUCUAUCGCCGGGUCUGGGACCCGCGUGGCAUCACCUUCGACAUCGACAUCAGCCAUCAAGCUAUCCGACUACGAAGACGAGAGCGUCUACAACGACGGCGAAGCCGGAGGGCCACCACCAAGUUCGCGGGGAGGAAGUCUUAUGGAGGGUAGAACCGCACUGUCACCACCACCGCCAGCAAUUCCUCCUCGAGCUAGAUCCAGAUCUAGGCCUGCUCCGGGGGAAGCUGGUGCUCCUCCAGCAGCAGCAACCUUCCCGUUCGCCGCUGCCGAAAACCCGGUUCCCCCCGCUCCUGCCCCUGCUCCCGCUCCCGCUCCAUCAGCAUCAGCUCUGCUUUCCCCCUUCCCACCACGGCCGAAGAGUGUCAGGACAGGAGUAGGCACCGGUCCGGUAAAACUCAAGGACCGCCGUCAGAGCAGCGGCGACGAGGCAAGAGGAGUAGGCUACGCCGUAAGCUACUACUCACCGGUGCCACCACCACCCGUACGGGCUGCCCCAAGGGUACCAAAGUGGGCGCCGCCUACGAUACCCGGGUAUGGUGAUGAUGCGAAACCGUUGGGCUCCGGCUCGGGCUUUAAGCUAGACAACCCGCCACCGCCAACUACCUCUAUGAACAAGAAAAAGCCCCGUGAUACCAGGCGGCUUAGUAUCUUCCCCGGCCCCAGUCCUAGUCCGACGCCUAGUACGCAAGGGUGGUCUUCUUCGCCGCUUAGUAGUUCGCCGUCUACUCCUCCGGUUCCUAAUAGGGCGGAUGCUGCUGGUAUAGAUAGGAGUCAACGACGAACAGGAACAGAGGGAGAAGAAGAAGAAGAAGAAGAGAACGAAAGAAGGGGACGACCUUCUCAAAAGCGGCAGCAACAAACCCAAACCCAAAACCAGGGUACGAGUAGUACCAAUGGACAAACAAAAUCACCAAGUCCAGCACCUACGUUAGAGGCGUGGUUGAAGAGGGGGAUGUCUUCUACUAGGGUGCCGGUACGGACGGGAACAGGAACGGGAACAGCUGGUCCAGGGGUGUCAUUGCCGAGAUCAGCUUCUACUUCGAAUCUUGCUGUGAGAAGGCAGUCUUAUACUGCAAGACUGAGGGAGCAGGUGCAGUUGCAGCAUUUGAUGGAUGCGGAUGAUGGGAAUGGGGGGAGGGGGGAGGAUUGGCCUAUUCGGCAGUCGUAGACUCAAAAGAAGGAAUAUAAUCA